AUGCAAGAAAUAUCGAUAGCCAUCGUUCAGCUGCGUCAAUCGGCACUUACGACGAAUAAAAUCACAAAUAAAAUUAAUAAUAGAUUAAAAUCGCAACCGUCUGAGAAUGGCAUAUUAACGGCAAAUGAUUACGAUAUUCUGCUCAUAAAUGAACCAUCUUCAUCAUCACGUGUUUCGAAUCGUCUUCAGUUACCCUCCACUCGUGUCCCUCACAAUGGACAGCCAGCCGAAGUAGCUCUCAAUGCAGUUCGACAUUUCUAUACGAUGUCACAGUUUGGUAACUACGGUCUUAUUUGCAAUUAUCGCUACCAAGUUGUGAAUAAUUUCAAUCUCAGGAGAAUACCGCGUCGUGCAGUUGCCAUACCGUUGUGGGAUAGUGCAGGCUCGAACGCAAAUACCAAGGAGAGCCUUUUGUUUCCUGGCUCGCCACAUCCACUUUUUUAUUGUGUAUCUGUCUUAGAAAUGGAUAAAAAUCCGAAAAAAUGCACAGAAAUGGGUCAUUUCGAGAACUUGGCACAUCUGCUGAACUGCUGUAUGAGUGAUAAUGAGGUGUUCAAUGCUGAAACAAUGCAUCUAAUAUGUCGUCUCGAAGAUGAUUUGCAGUUGUUUCUGUUUAGAUGGCUGAGGUUGGAACAACACCGUGAUGAGAAUUUUAUUGCGAAACUUUUCAAUCGUCCCAUCUCGUUGAGUCGAAUUCGGUCGUGUGCUCAUAAUCCAGCAUACGAUCCCGAGCAAACGAUGUUAUGCCAUAAUAUGAUGGGACAUGGGAAAAACGCUGAAGCACAACGAAAAUCAUGUGAUCUUGCAGAGGAAGUGCGGCGGAGUAACGAUGCGAGAGCACGCAUGAUCGGUGAUGAGAAGUACGAUAUGUUCAUCAUGAAUCCACUCUUCGGCUCUGGUCUACCAUACAGUAAAAAAAAUGAGGCACCCAAUUAUUUUGCAGCAGGACGUAAACAACGGUGUGGAACUUCGUUUUCAUCACAUUCGGUUUCCUCUGGUGAAAGUUGGUCGGAACAAUUCCCGCUGCAUAAAGCAGCGUAUGAUGAUAACGUUGAUGAAACAAAGAAAUUGUUGGCGAAAGGAUUGACGGCAAAUGAAGUGGAUAACGCCUCAUGGACACCGCUGCACUACUGUGCUUUUUACAACAAUCUGAAAACAAUGGAGGUCUUAUUAUUAAAUACAAGCACAGACGUGAACGUACCAAACAAAGCUGGGUCGACUGCGUUACAUUUUGCGGCGUUGCAGGCGAAUGCCUAUAUGAUUGAAUUACUUUUAUCACAUUCUGCUAUUAAUGUGAAUGCACGUGACUCGAAAGGACAACGCGCUUUGGAUCUGUGUUCAUGCGUGCCAAAAGCAGAAUAUCAGAAAGCGGCAAGAUUGUUACGCGACUGGAAUAAACUUGAUAAAAUACAGGUUGAAAUGAUGGACGGUGGAAAUGCUCAGUUAGCGUUGUUUCAAGGAAAUGAAACAACUGCAGGGCAGUUACAUGCCGAAAUGUGUAAGGAACUAAAGAUGAACGCAUCAAGUGCUUCAUUAUUCGCUAUUUGGAUUUGCUCGAGUCGACUGAGUACAUUAUUUUAUUUAUUUGCUGCAACAUCGUUCACUCUUAAAUACAUCUUAUGCCAAAUUGUAGGCUUACAAUUAAAAGCUGAUCAUAAACCGUUACUGCACAUGAGCAAAUGGCACAGCAAGGUUGCAAAGUUUGGUAAUGAGGAAACAACAAAUACGUCUACCGAUGAUGAAACGCCAAAAAUCUAUUUUCGUCGAGAUGCACGAGUUACAUUACGAACAGAAAAAGCGACUAAGUUAACACCAAUGGCAUUAUCUCUACUGUACGAGGAAGCUCGGCACAAUUAUAUGAAAGGCUUGUACCCGUGUGCAGAUGGUGAUAUUGCGCUGUUGGCAUCGAUUAUUUUGCGUAUAAUUCAUGGAAAUGCAUACAAACUAACUGAGAAAAUGCUAGAACAUGUGAUUCCAGCACAUCGUAUUCCGUCAUCAGAAAGUGCUGCCAAAGCGGUUAUGAAUCAAAUUGAAGUGCAAAAUCGUAAACUUGAUUCAAAGAACAACAAUUUAAUCAGCUUACAACAAAGUUUUUUGCAAAUUUGUUGGCGUUUUUGUGUUUAUGGAUCAACAUUCUUCGAUGCGAUUGUGUUCAUGAAAAAGCCAAUGAAAGGUAGUUUGCCGGUUCACGUGGGCGUAAACGACUAUGGCUUGCAUUUGUUGAAUUCGGAUACAAAGACAUUGUUCAAUACAUAUCCGUUGAAAGGAUUGCAGUGGAUCGCGAAACCGGAUCGACCUUAUUUGGAGGUUCAUGCGGCAGCGUUUGGUCACGAUUUUACGUUGCGCACUGCACAGGCGAGCCAUAUAAACAAUUUAUUAACUCGCUUAACGAAUACAACAUCAGCUACAACAAAAAAUUGA